AUGAAGUUUUCCACAGCCUCUGCUGUCUUGGUGGCCUGCGUCCCGGCCGUCGUCGCUCGCUACAUCGAAAAGGGCCCAGCCAGCGCCGCCACCGAGCACGUCGUGCUGCACCCCGAGGAGAAGUUCCUUAUCGAGACGGCGCCUGGCAAACAACAAUGGGUGACCGAAGAGGAUAAAUGGGAGCUCCGCCGCAAUGGCCAGAACUUCAUGGACAUUACCGAAACCCGCCAUCUAGGGGCCUCAAAGAUGGGAACCCGUGCCGCGGUCCAGUUCCCGAAAAAGACGGCCCAGCAAAAGGCCGUGGGCAAGCUCGCCAAGUCGCUUUCCAAGGACGAGAUGCAAAAGAACCUCGAAAAGCUCACCAGCUUCCACACCCGCUACUUUCGAUCCGACUACGGCCUGCAGUCGUCGGACUGGGUCCUCGAAAAGGUCAACAGCAUCAUCAAGGAUGCGGGUGCUGACAAGACCGUCUUUGCCGAGAGCUUCCCCCACACCUGGAAGCAGCACUCGGUCAUUGCCACCAUCCCCGGCCGCACCAACAACACGAUUGUCGUCGGCGCCCACCAGGACUCCACCAACCUCUGGCUGCCGUCCAUCCUGGCCGCGCCCGGCGCCGAUGACGAUGGCAGCGGCUCAGUCACCAUCAUGGAGGCGUUCCGCACCAUUCUCAAGUCGCAGGUCAUCGUCGAUGGCAAGGCCGAGAACACCAUCGAGUUCCACUGGUACAGCGCCGAAGAGGGCGGUCUGCUCGGAAGCCAGGCCAUCUUCAGCGAGUAUGAGCGAGGUGGCCGCAUUGUCAAGGCUAUGCUUCAGCAGGACAUGACGGGCUACAUUCAGGGUACGCUCGACGCGGGCAAGCCCGAGAGCGUGGGCGUCAUCAUGGACUUUGUCGACCCCGGCCUGACCAAGUUUAUCAAGGUCGUCAUUGAGGAGUACUGCGAUAUCCCCUGGGUCGAGACCAAGUGCGGCUAUGCCUGCUCCGACCACGCCUCGGCGUCCAAGGCCGGCUACCCCUCUGCCUUUGUCAUUGAGUCGGCCUUUGAGGAUUCCGACCCUCACAUUCACUCUACUGAGGACCUGAUCAAGUACCUGUCCUUUGACCACAUGCUGCAGCAUGCCAAGAUGACGCUUGGCUUGGCCUACGAGCUGGGCACGCACGACUUUGACAAGGGCGGCGACAGCGGCUUCGAUUCUCUGGAGCUGUAG